ACCCGUAAGAUCCAUUUGAAACGAAGUAGAGCUAGCCAGUUCGUAAAAGAUUGCGGAUGUAUAGCGCGACCGAUGCACGUGACCGCCGAAAGUUUGAAGCAAGUUGAAACGAUCGAUGAUAUAUGUUAUAAGUUUAGAUUUUAUUUCGAUAAAAAUAAAAUUUCCAUAUCAAUAUAAAAACAAGGCGGAGAAAAUUGCGGUAUAGUUGUCGAAUCAUUGAAUUUCCACCAAGAUUGGACAAAAUGAAACUCGAACACGACAUGGAAAGCGACUCGUUUUACACGGAUCAAACGAACGGGAGUGUUCUUCGUUUUUGCAAUUAUGACGACGUCUGCUCCAUCGACCAUUUUCACUCCAACAACAAUAUAUCACCAGUCGAUUGCUCACGUGAUCCUUACUACGACAGUGGUAAACCUCUGCAAUUGCUGAACCUGGACGCGCAGAGCAAGGUGAAGAGCGAGAUUCACAAUUGGAAUAUCGAAAUGGAAGAUCCGUACAACAAAUCGCGUUACAGUAGCGACGAAGAUAUGAAACCCGAUUGCAACAGCUGGAUGAGAAAACCGAUUGAGUACUGGGAUACGUUAGAGACGAAAAGUUGGCUCCUUUCGAGUUUUAUGAAAUUAGGUAUUCACUAUGAAAAACUCUGCACUGUUGCCGAGGAAUUUUCUAUGCCAGGAAAUAAACUUGUACAAUUAUCGCUGCAAGAUUUCGUCAACCGUGAUCACGACAACGGAGGAAGACUUUACGAAAUAUUACAGGAGCACCGCGACAUGAAAUAUCACUCAUACUCGUUCGCAAAAUUUCCACCAGAAUGUUCCGACGAUGAAACAUCCCUUACUAUCAGCCAAAAUUAUUCCGACGAAGAAUCGGUGAUCAGUACGGAUUAUGUUAAAAAACGACAACCUGGAAGACCUCGAAGUUUAAGUACCAAACAGAAACCUGCAGUCAAAAACGAGAGACUUUGGGAAUAUGUGAGAAAUUUGCUACUCAAUCCAAAGUUUUGCCCGCAAUGGAUAUGCUGGGAAAAUUACGAAAAGAAGAGAUUUCGUUUUGUGAAAAGUGACUGCGUGGCGAAAAUGUGGGGAUCGCGUAAACACAAUCCGGACAUGACGUACGAAAAAUUCAGCCGUGCGAUGAGAUAUUACUACAAAAAAGGUAUAUUCGUCGCUGUCCAAGGAAGGCGUCUCGUUUAUCAAUUUGGUCCCGCAGCGACGGGCCUAGAAACGGACGAUCCAAAUUUCCGCAAAUCACAAUUUUAAAAUCGACGAAUCAUUCCAUACACGUAUAUCUUAAAAUCCCAUGUAAUUUUAUAGACCAAGAAUUUUUGUAUUUAUUAUCUUUAUAUCUGCCUCUCCGUCUCACGAAAAAUUUUCACGCAUUAUUCUAUGUAAAUGACAUUUAUCAUUUUAUACGACAUGACGACAUCAUUUUACGUAAGCAUAUAUUAUAAGAAUAUAGGUUCGACACUGUUGUAUUAUAUUAUACAGAAAGCGGAUAUUUAUAGAGGAAACACGAUUAUAUAGAUCGAGAUGUCAAUCAAUUCAUAAUCAGUCUCGGUAUUAAGAAUAUUUAUAACAUAAUUUAAUGUACUCCGAGUGAUUAAGUUAUUAUACGGUCAAAAAUAUGCGUGAUUUGAUGUAUGUGCCAAAAAAAUGCCUGCACAGUGUAUCUGUACAGGUAAUUUAUUUAUGAGUAGACGGUUAGUUAGAGGUUAUAUUGAACAUAUUAGUACUUAAUUAGUAACUAAUUGUAAGCUACUAAAUUUAUAACGAUAUAAGUGAAGUCAUCCUGCGAAAUCUCAUCACCAAAUAACACGUUGUAGGUGUUUUUAUUUUUAUACUGUAAUCAAGAGAAAACUAGAGAAAACCGCAAAGAAUACAAAAUCAUUUUUAAUAAUUCCAUUUUAUCAUUGAAAAAAAAAAAAAUAGAGCCUUGUGUCUGAUAGUUAAAAGUUGAUGAAACGGUGUAUCGAUUU